GCUGCCACUCUGUGAACUGCCGUUUCACACUGUGCAGAGCCAAGAGACCAGUGAUCACGACGGGAGGCGACCUUUGCUGCUGUUCUCAAGGUGUGCUCAUUUCCCUCUUCUCACUGCAGUUUCUUCAGAUCAGCCACUUGUACUUAAAAUGUCUCCCUGAUUUUUUUUUAUUUCCCCAACUCUAGUUUGUCUAUAGAUGUUCAAAUUUUAGAGUUUUACGACUCAAUUUGUGUUCUUGAUUUUUCUAUCAAGAUUUUUGCCUUAAACAUUUUCCUCUAUUUAGGAAAAUGUCCUGUUUCCCAUGCCAAGUUUAUGCAGGCUUUUCGCUAGAAUAGAUCCAGAAGGAACACAGCAACACUGCCUUCACCAGAUCCGGAGAAUCUUGAUACCAAGUGCGGUAAAGCAUCUGCCUCAGGCUCCAGUGCCCUGGGGACAGCCUGGCCCAGAUACAGGAGUGACACGUGGAACUGUGCUCAGAGGCUGAAAUAGGAGCCCCGGGGUCUCAGCUGCUUUCUCAGAACAGGGCUCCUUCCCACGUCCCAGCUCACCCUGGGAGAAGGAACAGGGGCAGAGUGGAGCACAGCCCAGCCCUCACCUUGACGCUUCUCUCCAUCCUUUUGGAGUGGAGGGGGCUGCGUGUCUAUUGUGACAGCUCCUUCCAGGGGGUGCCGGGAGACCAUUUCCUGGUGCUAGAGCUGUGCCCCCAGCCCCCACCCUGGUUGUGCCCUCUGUCCACCCCACCUCCCGCCUCUCCACAGCUUUUUCCUUGUGAGCGACUUAGGAGAAUCUACGGCAGCACCUGUGGGCAGCCCAGGAGCACUCCUGGGGUAGCCUCAGCUCCUGCCGGUCUGUGCUCACCCUGGGGAGACAGCAGCAGAGACCUCACAAGCUGUCACCUGGCAGGGAGAGGCAGCAGUCAGGGCCCUGUGCGGUGACUUCUUCCACACGCCUGUGUGGUGAGGUGCAGGAGAUUGAGAGCUGGCUACCGGACAAGGAGCAUAAUGUGGCCACAGGGGACUACAGCAAUGGGGCUGUCUCUCCCUGACCAUCUGUGCCUGGGCCUGCCAGUGCCAUCUUCUGUGCUCUGUGGGGUGGGGUCUUUGGCCCCUGGGAGGCCGUGGGUCAGUGUGACUCAGAAAGGUCAAGCUCACAGGUCCCCUGGGGUGUCUCACCCAGGCACUGUGCCCCUGGGGGCUGGGAGGGGUGAGAAAGUCCCAGGCCUCCCAGAGCCCACCUGGCUCCCCCACCAGAGUGGCAGCCUGGCCCAGGCUUGGGGCUGAAGGAGGUGAUGCUGUGCCCCCUGAGGCGGGCUCCACCUCCCCCAGGAGACCUUGGAGGACAGGCCCUCUCCUGACCCAGGCUCCAGGACACUUGGCAGUGCCUGAAGUCCCGCCUUUCCUCCCCACUUUGGUCUUACCUCCCUAUGGCGAGGCCCAGGCACAUGGAUGACUCUGAGCAGACCUGGACCUCCACGGAGCCCUAGCCUCAUAGGUGUAUGAUCUUGGGGGCCUCAGGGACCCCGUUCUCCCCUUCCCCAGAGCCUGGAGGCUGUGAAUCCUGUGGAUCCCUGAGCUGUCCUCUCUGAGACCCCAGGCGAGGAGGGAAUGCGUGAGAGCGGGCAGCAAGGUCUGUGUUCCCGCAGCUCCUCUGUGCUUGGCUUCUGCGUCCUAGAGAGCCGGCGGCAGGGAGAUGGCACAGGCAGGACCUUGAGGGCGGCAGUUCAGGUGGCAGCACAAAGUACAGCGGCCCAGGCACCACCUCAGAAAGGUCACCUGUGCCCCUGGACAGAAAGAGAAAAAGAAACCAUGUUAUUUCCUAGAAUUUAAUGAAUGAGCUGGGAGAUGCUGGGGCAGGUGAGCACACCAGGUGCCAGGACCCAAGGGCUCCUUGGACCCUGGUCAGAAGUUCCUUUGGUGAAUGAUCCUGCAGACAUCACACGGGCUCAAAGGGCAUCAGAACCCCAGCUGAGAGGAGCCUCAGCAUCAGACGCAGCCGCCCAGCCUGCCUGCUGCAGUAGAGAUCGUACGACUGACAGAACGGAAGCUUUGUGACAGCGAGGUACCAAAUUACAAACAGCACCUAAGGCCAUGCCAGGCAAGACUUAAGGAAUAAACUGUUUUGAUUGCCACAGGGUUUUCUUUUUCUCUAGCAGCUAAAUAAGCACUGUUAAAACCAUGGUAGCUCAGCACCAGGCACGGACUAACUGGCCCCCAACCCCUGUUCUAGCAGCCGUAACUACAGCUCUGAUGGGACAGGAGAUUGUUUUUAGUAACUUUCUUUUAUUAAGAGCCCACCCACGAUGGACUGAUUGUGGCCGGUUUACAGAGGCUGUGCACUUGUGUGCCUGUGUGUCCUGAAAAGACCUUUUGAGGUAAAGAGCCUAAUUGUAACACAUUUACAGAUUGUCUUCACCCCAAAGUGAACAUGGGUCGUGUGUUACACACAUGUUUGGUCGGUACACGUGCAUCAGGACCACCGUCAUGAAUAUUCCUGGCUCCUCCUGUAACCUGUUGAAAGUUUGUUUAGCCAGCUUGUCCAGAGUAAAGCUCCUGCCCCAACUCUUCCUCCUUCCACGUGCCAGGCUCUUACCUCGGUGGGAGGCACACUUCCUAGCCUGCGGGAUGGCCACUUUGUGGGCUGUGUGCAACCUUUUAUAAGAAAUAAGGUCUCUUUGCUGAGCAGACGCUCUUUAGUUUAAUUAGGUCCAAUACCAAGCCUCAGCAACACGCGGUUUCCCCAUGUAACAAGCCUGCACAUGUACCCCUGAAUCUAAAGUGGAGGAAGAAAGUCUCCUCUCCAUUUCCAAAUGCAUAGAUGUUGUGAGCAGAGUGGAUGAAAUGGUUUCUUCGUAGAGCAGCAUAGCAGGUCUACACCACCUUUCGUUACCUGUUACCCUGUAACGCGCUUUGGUUAGUUUCCCUGAAUGUUUGUAUUCACUUGUCAAUCAACUCACAGUGGCUGAUGCAUAAGUGAAACCCACACUUACCUUACUCUUGGCCGGUGCCAAAGAGUGACAGGCCCUGUCUCACAUAUCUGAGAGGUAUCUCUGCACUGGAGAUUUUUAAGCUGGAAUAUGCACGUGGCUUUUAACACGUUUGCAGUUUCUUUGCUAUUCUCCUUUUGAGAGGUGGCGUCUCUGCCCACCCUCACUGGUUAAUCAGACUUGAUACUAGUGCUUGCUUUUCACUGGCAGAUGAUGUGGAAGUGAUGUUGUGUAACUUCCACAAUUAUGUUAGAAACGCCAUGAGUGUCUGCCUGCUUCACUCAGGACACUCACCAGUGAAGCCCGUGGCCACCAAUUCAAAGCUCUUGAGUGUCCUGAGACUGCCUGCUGCUUGGAAGCCCAGGGAAGUCCUGUGUGUUCUCCAGCCAAGCCCAAGUUCCUCUGCAGACCUGUGCAUGACGGCACAUCCAGAAGAUUCCAACCCCCUGCUGUGAAUUUAAUCCCACUCCAUAAGACUUCUCUGCAGUCCCCAGACAUCAACAAGCACCACAUGUUCUGUUGAAGAUCCAAGAGCGGGUCCUGGGGUGCCCAGGGAGUCCUCCGUCCGCCGCCGCAGGCGUAAGAAGCGAAACCUCCGUCGCUGGUGUCCCAGCUGUGUGCGCCCUAGAGUCAUACCAAUGGAAGAUCACGAGGACCUGGCACGGGAGCCUUCAUCUGAGGAUGUCCCAGGUGUUCACAUGGUGGACAAAGCCACACAGACAAAGAGUGACAAGGAACAUCAGGAGGAGGAUGUGCCAGGACAGACAUCCUCGGAGGAAGCCACAGGGGUUCACAUGAUGCGGGUGGACCCAGCCACACUGGCAAAGAAGCGCGACGAAGACUUGUUGUGUGAGCAUCCACUCAAGAUACUAUCUGAGAUGUUACUAGGCUCUUUUGAGAAGAGCAUUGACGUAGAGACAGAAGAUCCUCAAGAGGACCUCGCAGCAGAUUAUCUAAGUGAGGCACCCGUUGAGAGGGUCCUCUCUGUUAUCAACGCGGAGACAUUCACAGAGACAAAUGGUGACCUGGACGAUCUGCAGGAGGAUGUGCCAGAGCAGACAUCCUCGGAGGAAGCCUCAGGGGUUCACAUGAUGCGGGUGGACCCAACCACACUGGCAAAGAUUCCGCCGGGACAUCUGCAGGCGUGGUCCAGUGACAGCGAAGACGAGGAGGACCCAGAGGAUGUGGAGAGAUCCUCAGGAGUUACAGAAAAGGAGCGCGACGAAGACUUGUUGUGUGAGCAUCCACUCAAGAUACUAUCUGAGAUGUUACUAGGCUCUUUUGAGAAGAGCAUUGACGUAGAGACAGAAGAUCCUCAAGAGGACCUCGCAGCAGAUUAUCUAAGUGAGGCACCUGUUGAGAGGGUCCUCUCUGUUAUCAACGCGGAGACAUUCACAGAGACAAAUGGUGACCUGGACGAUCUGCAGGAGCAUGUGCCAGAGCAGACAUCCUCGGAGGAAGCCUCAGGGGUUCACAUGAUGCGGGUGGACCCAGCCACACUGGCAAAGAUUCCGCCGGGACAUCUGCAGGCGUGGUCCAGUGACAGCGAAGACGAGGAGGACCCAGAGGAUGUGGAGAGAUCCUCAGGAGUUACAGAAAAGGAGCGCGACGAAGACUUGUUGUGUGAGCAUCCACUCAAGAUACUAUCUGAGAUGUUACUAGGCUCUUUUGAGAAGAGCAUUGACGUAGAGACAGAAGAUCCUCAAGAGGACCUCGCAGCAGAACAUCCAUGUGAGGCACCUGUUGAGAGGGUCCUCUCUGUUAUCAACGCGGAGACAUUCACAGAGACAAAUGGUGACCUGGACGAUCUGCAGGAGCAUGUGCCAGAGCAGACAUCCUCGGAGGAAGCCUCAGGGGUUCACAUGAUGCGGGUGGACCCAACCACACUGGCAAAGAUUCCGCCGGGACAUCUGCAGGCGUGGUCCAGUGACAGCGAAGACGAGGAGGACCCAGAGGAUGUGGAGAGAUCCUCAGGAGUUACAGAAAAGGAACUGGAAGACUCCACCAUGACAGGCAGCCGCCAGCAGAUGUCAGCAAGUUCCUCCUCUGCACCUGCAGAAGAAGCAACAGAAAAGACAAAAGUGGAAGAGGAAGUGAAAACCAGCAAGAAAACCAGGAAGCCCAGGAAGAAAACCUGGCGGAAUGUCCUGAGCCGUUGGGACAUUUUUAAUAUAUUUUAGAGACCUCUGAAGAUUCCACGAACACCAGGAAGGGGCCUGAUGUGGGGAUGUCAACUUGGCUCAAACUUGAUGUGGAUCGUGAUUGUUUCAGGAACUGUGUUACUCCGAAAACUUUUAUAAUCUUUGCUUAAUUUGUUUUUAAAUAUUUUCCUGGCUGGGCACGGUGGCUCGUGCCUGUAAUCCCAGCACUUUGGGAGGCCGAGG